AUGGCAGACGGCAGAGACGAGGAGUAUAUAAAAAUAGAACAGCUCUACGACGAAUGUUUGGACUAUCUGAGGGCCUCGAAGCAUCUCCAAGCGGAUGACAAGUAUUGUUCAGAGGACGCGGAAGACGAUUACGCAACGGUAGAUCCUACUGCGCGAAUAGAAGAGAGCGCAGGAGAUAAGUUGACUGACGGUCGUAGAGGUGAGAUGAACUACGAGGUUUCGUUCAAAGUGAUCGACGAGCUGAAGUCCAGCGAGAGCAUCAAUUCGUCGAUCCCGGGGGAGACCAAGUCGGAGCGGCUGAGGAGGCUCUCGCAGCAGCUGCCCAAAAUCAUAAUAACCCAAAGCAACACCAGCCUGAAUCUGCCACCAGAGAAGAAACUCACCGGUCGCCCGACGAAGAGUGCGCUUAAGAAACCAGUCGUUGACAUCCAUAAACUUGACAUCCAUAAACACACAAACAAUUUUAAACACCAGCCCUCUUUCAGAAACAGGACCGCCUACGGGGAGUUUCCGAAGCGGCUGAUAUCCAAGAACGGGGCGGAGAAUGUCGCUUUGAUAUCCAACGUUCCCUUCGAGAAAAUACGCCUUCUGAACGACACCUUCCAUACAUUGAUCAACCUGCGCUGGCGCUGGAUCGUUAUCGGCACGGUGGUGGUGCACUUCGCCAUCUGGCUGGUCUUCGCGGUCUUCUGGUAUAUCACCGCGCUGGCGCACUACGACCUCGAGCCGGACCCCCCCAAGCGCACGUGCGUCACCGGCGGAAAGGACUUCGUGACCAUAUUCCUCGCCUCCGUGGAAGCCCAGACAACAAUUGGAUUUGGAGAUCGCGCCAUUGAUGAAGAAUGUCCAGAGUCAAUAUUCCUGUUCAUUAUGCAGCUAAUACUGGGCACCGGGCUGUCCGGAGUGCUGACCUGCGUGGUGUACGCUAAGCUCACCAGGCCAGAGAAAUUGUCCCGCGACGGCGUAGGCUUCAGCAAGAAAGCCGUUAUCAGCUUGCGCGACGGGAGGCUGUGCCUCAUGUUCAGGGCCUGGGACCUGAACUACGACCACAUCAUCAGCUCGGAGUUCAACGCGCAUUUCGUCCAUACACAUCGCACCAAGGAGGGUGAGUUGGUCCGCUACAUGGCGCGCAGCCUGUACCUCCAGCAGCGCCAGUUCCUGCUCUGGCCGGUCACCUUGCUGCACGUCAUCGACAGCACCAGCCCCCUCUACCACUUCACACCCCACGACUUCAGCGGCGGCAGUUACGAGAUAACCCUGAGCCUGAAGGGUGCUUCCGCCUCGAUGGGCACCUUCACCCAGAGCCAGACCUCGUACAUGCCCCGGGAGGUGCUGUGGGGCCACCGGUUCCCGCCGGUCGUCAAAUACGACCCUCGCAAGCAGAAGUACGUGGUAGAACACGCCAAACUGGAUCUGACUGAGAAGGUAGACACGCCCUUCUGCAGCGCCAGUGAGCUUUACAGUUCCAGUACAUCCAGUAAGAGGACGUCAACCAGCCCUGGUACUCCAGGGAGCUUCAGCAAACAGCUCUCGACCUUCCACCUAGAGAGGACGUCAUCGUUCAAAAGAAGAGAGAAUAAGACG